AUGGAGGUUGGAUUGCCGUUCGGUGCAUUUCUUGCCGCUAUCCUAGUCCUUAUCCCACUACCUACUCAUUGGCGAGCUGGCAACGUGUCUACGAUAACUAUCAUUGUUUGGCUGUUUGUCGUGAAUGUUAUCCAGGGAAUCAAUGCUAUCCUAUGGGCCCAUAAUGUUGAAAUACGGUUGGUCUCCUGGUGCGACAUCAUCAUCAGAGUCUCCGUUGGUUCCAAUAUCGCGCUUCCUGUCGCGUGUUUCUGUCUUUGUAUGCAACUUGAACGCGUCGCAUCCGUUCGCCUGGUGCACACCACUCAAAACGACAGACGCAAGUAUAUGAUUUUGGAUCUUCUGCUUUGCAUUGGGGUACCCGCAAUAUAUAUAGGGUUGUUCUAUGUUGUCCAGGGUCAUCGGUUCGACAUCGUUGAAGGUUUCGGAUGCAGACCUGAGAGCUAUGUUUCGAUACCCGAAUUUUUUCUGAUGCGUCUCCCGCCUAUCGUCUUCUCCAUUGGCACUUUCGUCUUCGCCGGCAUGGCUUUUAUUCACUUCCUUCGACGGCGUGCAACUUUCGCGGCUCACUUGCAGAGGUCCACCUCUACUCUCACUCCUGCCCGCUAUUUUCGUCUUAUGGCGAUGGCUUUAUUUGAAAUGUUCUGGAGCCUGCUCGUGUCGGUUCUGAACAUGUGGUAUUCAUACAGCGCUGGCCUACGACCGUGGAUCAGUUGGAGCAACGUCCACUCGAACUUCUCUCGUAUCGGGCAAUUCCCGACUAUCAUGAUUCCACGUCAUGAUAUCACUAUGACCUAUUUCUUGUGGUGGACCAUUCCUGUGUCUGCCUACAUUUUCUUCGUGUUCUUUGCAUUUGGUCAAGACACGAUGAAAGAUUAUCGAGCUGGCUUCCUUCGACUCUGCGGUAUCGUACUCCCAAACUGCAUGCUCCGACAAGGUCCUGCCGAGAAGUCCUCGCUUCCUCACUUCACUCUGUACCGUCCAGCGUCGCAUUCACUCGUCGUUGCCAUUACGGAAAGCAAGAUCGAUGAUUCACAGUCCAGGCUCGACAGCUCUAAGUCUAGCAAGCACACUCGUCAAUUGGAAGAUGUCGGAGACGCUCUGAAACGAUCUUUGGACCAUCCUUCGACCACUGUCUCUCUGCCCCUUGCGGUUCGCUUUCGAGAUUCGACUUACCCUGUCAGGCAUGGUUCCUUUACUCUGCACAGAAUAGCUCCUGUUAGUACCUACAGUAUGUAA